UGCCGUCGUGUCGGGAUUGGAAUGUAACAGAGUAACAAUCGGAACAAUUGAGCAUUUGGAAAUUGGGCACACCGAUCAUGGGAUAUCGUUCGUGUUUUUUUUUCGAAGUGGUUCCCAAGUGUGAAAAUUAUUCCCGUUCGUUGCAUCUGUUGAUUCUGGGCUUGUUUCGAGAAACACUGUCCCAAUGAGAGGAUCUUGUACUUACGUGCGUGAGGGUCUGCCGAGAGAAUGGAAGUAAGAGCAAUGCAGGGAUUCGUGUGGCUACAAUUCUCCACAUAAGAAGCUUCCCCUCGAUGCUCCCAAGCCUAAUGAAUAUACGUCGGGGUCAAUGGAGUGAACCACCGUCCAGGAAAGCCACCGAAACCGGCCGAAUCUAGUGCUGGACAUCUGGAUAUUAACGCUGCCACUACGAAUGCUUUAAAGCCCCCCUGGUCGGCAUUUUAACGAGUUUACAUCAGAAUAGUAGUAUUCCUUCGCGCUGUUCUCCCGAGGCAAAGUGAACAGAUAACCAUCGUACGUCUUUGAUUGCAAGUCUUGUCAGACGUUUUUAACGAUACCUGACCUGUGAAACGGGCGCAAACUAUAUUGGAGAGGGGAGAGAGAGCGAAGCAGCCGAGUACCUUACCUGGUUUGUUUGUUUUCGCGGAGACCCACUAUCUCAAAGUCACUGCGUCGUAAAAUGUUACUGUUGGAUAGAAGAGGGAGAGCGAGUAAACACAAGUAAAAUCGCCCACAUGCCCUGGAUCAAUCGCUUGAUACGGGAACGGAAUCCGAAGAAGAGGGAAGAGGCGAGUUGGAAAUCCUUGCAGGCUGGAAGAUGGCGGAGCGGUGUUGCUGGAGGUGGUGAGAGCCAAACUUCGGGCUACUUAAGAUUUAUUUGUGAACAUCUCGACCCAGCAGCCAGGACACAUGCAGGCCAAAAAACGAUAUUUAAUCCUGCUUUCGGCUGGCCUAUGUCUUUUACUGCUUUACUUUGGGGGUGUCCAAGUUCCAGCGACCAGCAGGAGCCGGCAUGAUCCCAGCCGCAAUGGAUAUCGCUCCGACCAGCCGUGGCCACACUUCUCGGACCCGUUACAACCUUUCCAUCCCUGGGAACAAACUGACACCGAGGAGUAUAACCUCCACAUAUCCCCACGACAAAAAAGGGACGUUAAUUCGAGCGUUUACAAGGGUAAGCGGUGUCGGAUGGACUCCUGCUUUGAUUUCUCCCUGUGUCAAAGAAACGGAUUUAAAGUUUAUGUAUACCCACAACAGAAGGGAGAGAAAAUCUCAGAAAGUUAUCAGAACAUUUUGUCGACUAUAGAGGGCUCCAGGUUUUAUACCUCGGACCCGGGACAAGCUUGUCUGUUCGUGUUGAGCUUGGAUACGCUCGACCGCGACCAGCUUUCACCGCAGUAUGUGCACAAUCUGAAAACCAAGGUUCAGAGCCUACAGCUUUGGAACAAUGGUAGGAAUCACCUUAUAUUUAACUUGUACUCGGGGACAUGGCCGGACUACACGGAAGACCUGGGUUUUGACAUUGGUCAGGCCAUGUUGGCCAAAGCGAGCAUUAGCACUGAGAACUUCAGACCCAACUUCGACGUGUCCAUCCCGCUGUUCUCCAAGGAUCACCCGAGGACCGGGGGGGAAAGGGGCUAUCUGAAAUAUAACACCAUUCCACCUUUUAGGAAGUAUAUGUUAGUGUUCAAAGGGAAGCGUUAUCUCACCGGGAUUGGGUCGGACACAAGGAAUGCCUUAUAUCACGUCCAUAACGCCGAGGACGUGGUACUCCUCACCACCUGCAAGCACGGCAAGGAUUGGCAGAAACACAAGGACGCCCGUUGCGACAGGGACAACGCCGAAUAUGACAAGUAUGAUUAUAAAGAAAUGCUGCACAACUCCACUUUCUGCCUGGUGCCUCGCGGACGACGCCUGGGCUCCUUUCGUUUCCUGGAGGCACUGCAGGCGGCCUGCAUCCCCGUCAUGCUGAGUAACGGCUGGGAGCUGCCCUUCUCCGAGGUCAUCGACUGGAACACGGCGGCCGUCAUCGGAGACGAGCGCCUCCUACUGCAGAUCCCCUCCACAGUGCGCUCCAUCCAUCAGGAUAAGAUCCUGUCCCUGCGCCAGCAGACUCAGCUCCUGUGGGAGGCCUACUUCUCCUCCAUGGAGAAGAUUGUGCUCACCACGCUGGAAAUCAUCCAGGACCGGGUCCUGCAGCACAUGUCCAGGAGCAGCCUGAUGUGGAACAGCCAUCCCGGGGGCCUGUUCGCCCUGCCCCACUACUCCUCCCACCUGGGGGACUUCCCCUUCUACUACGCCGGCUCGGUGAGUAUCAGACCGCAGCCCAAGUUCACCGCAGUCAUCCAUGCUGUCACCCCCCUGGUCUCCCAGUCUCAACCCAUCCUCAAGCUGCUGGUGGCUGUGGCCAAGUCCCAGUACUGUUCCCAGAUCAUCGUUCUGUGGAACUGUGACAAGCCUCUCCCUGCCAAGCACCGCUGGCCUGCCACCUCUAUUCCUGUUGUCGUCAUCGAGGGAGAGAACAAGGUGAUGAGCAGCAGGUUCCAGCCGUAUGAGACCAUCCAAACAGACGCCGUGUUGAGCCUGGACGAGGACACCGUGCUGUCCACCACAGAGGUGGAUUUUGCCUUCACCGUGUGGCAGAGCUUCCCAGAGAGGAUCGUGGGCUACCCCGCCCGUAGCCACUUCUGGGACAGCAACAAGGAGCGCUGGGGCUACACCUCCAAGUGGACAAAUGACUACUCCAUGGUCCUGACAGGAGCGGCCAUCUACCAUAGAUAUUACCACUACCUGUACACUCACUUUCUGCCAAGCAGCCUGAAAAGCAUGGUGGACCAGCUGGCAAACUGUGAAGACAUCCUCAUGAACUUUCUGGUGUCAGCGGUCACCAGGCUGCCUCCGAUCAAGGUCACCCAAAAGAAGCAGUACAAGGAGACCAUGAUGGGGCAGUCCUCCAGGGCAUCUCGCUGGGCCGACCCGGACCACUUUGCCCAGCGGCAGACCUGCAUGAACAAGUUCGCCAGCUGGUUUGGCGGCAUGCCUCUGGUGCACUCCCAAAUGAGACUGGACCCGGUCCUGUUCAAGGACCAGGUCUCCAUCCUCCGCAAGAAAUACAGGGAGAUCGAGAGGCUCUGACAAGACUGGCGCCCCCUGUCGGCCGACCGACCGACCACAGGGGGCCCCGAGAGACUACUUUGAGAGGAGGACCACACAGGACCCGCUAAAAUGCCCCCUCCACCCCCCUUAAAAGAAGCAGGGAGGGGGGGGGGGGGAGGGGCAAAGGGAGGUCCCAGACUCUUUGUCUUCCACUCAGCACAUUGCCAAUGAUGACAGAAAAAGGUGCCAGGCCAGGAGCGGUGUCUGGGGAACUUCGCACACUCAUGCACACUCGACAAGCCCUCAUCUGGGGAAACACGCCUCACACACUCUCCUACCCGCAGGAGACUUCUUCAAAAUGUAUAUCCCGAAUGCAUAAACCAGCUGACAAGACUAAAGGCUUUCUCGCCGCAAAUGUUCAUUGUAAGGAGGACGCGCAACGGACGAAUCCCUCUGGUCCCCGGAAAUCUGAGGUGGGGGGGGGGGGGGUGGCUGCAAUGCAACGCAACACGCAUCCCUGAUUUCCAAUCCACCGAGCCAGGAUCGGAAAGCAGGAUCUGGAUCCGAACCACAGCUUUUCCCCUUACAACCCACACUUCCAUGUAUCCCCAGCAGGAUAUCCCCACUUACAUUUUCUUUCUUUCUUUUGGUCUCGGAUCGGAGUCAGUGCCAUAUUCUGUUAUUGUUUCCACUUGUUUUAAAGUUGAUUUAUUUUUCUUUGACCCAGUUUUAAUAUUUCUAUCAAUAAUGUCUUGUCCAUUCAUUAAGUCAGAGUAUCAGUGGUAAAUCAGAGGUGCAGAAAUUUGCUAGCGCCAAUUUGAAUCACAUCCAAAUACAACUGCUUUUGUUUUUUUUUACGUUUUCCCAUAUGUGAUGCAUCAGAACAUAUUUUACACUUAAGUUUGCCUUAAAGCCACAGCCAUUUUCUUGAAGUUGUCAGUUAGGCCUAAGCCCUGGGGAAUUUGUUUGUUUCUCUGAAGAAGUGAUUUGUAAAACUGCUCAAGUCACAGCCUACUAAAUUACUUAGUUUAAAGGUUUUUAUUUUUUCUAAAUAACUCGGUAUGUUUUUUGGUAGCCUGCAACACUUCGUUAUGUACUGUAAUUAGUCAAUGAGCAGAUGGCCAUUCUAUAGUCAUAGACUGGCUUCAACAGCUGAAAAAAACAUGUAACACCUUAAUUUGUCUAAUAUAGCAAAUCCUCCUCCUACAAAGCUUAAAUAUUUGGAAUGCAGACCGCUUCAAUCUGUUCAUGGCACAAGCUGAAACCAUCCAAGAUCAUUUUCUUAGGAAUCAGGACUGAGUGUCCCCUACUAAAACACUGAAUGUAGUCUUGAGGCCAUUUACCCGUCCUAAACUCUUCAACUUUCUACACACUACUUUCAGACAAAACCUGAAUCUACAUUUUGUUUUUCUUUUGUUGGGAAUGGCACUAUAGUGAUCAGCACCUUCUAAGUUCUCAUCUCUUCUCAUGUAUUAUCCCAUGAAAUAAUUCAAGAAACGAAUUAAAGAGCUAGCCAACCAUGUGAUCCAACAAGUACUUGAAUGUCUGCUAACUUGAAGGAGUGCCAUAUAUAUAUAUAUAUAUAUAUAUAUAUAUAUAUAUAUAUAUAUAUAUAUGCGUAUGUAUGACCUUUUUAAAUCUUGGAGGUGAAUGGACUUAGUAGUGCCAGCUGUGAGCCAGACUUGCAUUGUUACAUUAGCAGUAUCUUGUAUCCUAAUUGGGAACAACAUGGGGAAAAAACUAAGAGCUAGCCAUAUCUAACUGUGUAGCCAUCAAACCAGUGUGACCAGUGUGUGCAUUGUAACACUACCGUUUUGGAUUCUGGACAAAGACGUUUGUUUCAUUGCCUGCAGAAGAUCAAAAGAUAUGAUGUUGGAAGUGUUCUUACUACUAGUUCUUACUGGUAACACUUGACCUGUUAGGUCCAUGUUGAAACUGUGAGUAGGACAAAAAAAGGUUUACACUACAUUGGUCGGAUGUGUACUUUGAUGUAUCUCACAUUUACACUCAAUGAAAUGCAAUGUUUGAUUAAGAUUAAUGCUGACUUUAUCAAUUAUUUUCACACAGGUUAUUUCAGGCAUAGGCUGAAACUUUGCGAGGAAAGCCUCUGAUACAGCAAACUUAUUUGGCCACCAAAGUUCAACUCCUUUAAAUCAGUCAAUAUCAGACAGCUGAUGCUAGAGCUUGUAUGCCUGACUUUAUUGGGAGUGUUGAGCUAUUGGGUUUUCUAUUGAAGACCCAGUGAGACCAUAAUCCUGAUGAAAAUAAAUGGUAAUCAGCGUAAUAUACUGACUCGCAGCUGAAACUGAAGUUCAGUUGACCAUCUAGUGCAAGUGUAUCGAGAUAUCGAGCCUCUGCAAUUGCGUUGGGCUGAAACUGUCUUGUGAUGGAAAUACCUGGCCACACAGUUUCAUAUGUAAUCCAGAGUUUCAUUGUACAUAUCCUGUGUAUUUAUUUUUCACAGUGCACCAAGAAAACCAUCUGCAGUACCAUGUGCAUUCUGCAUAUCUUAUGACAGGAUGACAUCUGUAAAGUGUAAAAAAAAUAUUUUGUUGAAAGAUGUACAUUUGUGUAUUUGUCUAUUUUUUAAUACCAAUGCUGGUGCCAAUGCAUUUUUUUUUUUUUUCUACGUCUGCCCAUUUAAUUAAACAAAAAAAAAAAAAAGACGAGACAUUUCACAGUCCUUUGAGCUUAAUGUCACUUUUCUUUUCUUUGUGCCCCAGUUCAGUGCUACCGUUGUGAUGCGACAAAGCCAUUCAUAUGUAACUGAUGGUUUGAAUGCUGCUGCUCUCAGACAAGAUUCUUUUUUAAAAACCACCAAAGACACUUCUGUCUGCUUUAACGUUGGGUUUUCUGUUGAAGGGGAAAAACAAAUAUAAUCUGGCUGAAUGUUUUGCGUGGGUUGACUAGGUGCAACCCCUGUAUAGAGCUCUCCACAGGCUCUUCAAAAUACCCACUUUUAACUAAAAGGAACCCAUCAAAAAUAUCUUUAACAGUCUACCAUGACUCACAAUUCUAGUUAGCAAGACAUUUCCUCUCUGCAAGGAGCAUAUAGAGGUUUGAUCUCAUCUGACGCAUUUCAUCGUUUGAGCAUGUGCCAUCUCUUGAUUGUGCCUUGUGACAGAAUUAGGAAUAGUGAUGGUGCCUCAGCUGGGAGGCCUAUAGAUGAGAGCAUAGCCCAUAUCAGUCGGUUUUACCUUGUCAAACACUGGAAUCCCACUGCAGUCAUAGGUGACCUCAAACAUCAAAUGUCAUCUAGACUUUGGAGAUUGUGCUGAAGAUAUCCCUGACCUGCAUGACUUUGCAAUUAUUUAUAAACAUUCUCAGAUUUUUGUUUUGUUUACUUGUUCCCUCCUGCACACCCUCUUCCCUGAACUACCGGGAAUUAACAAAUUACUUUUUUAUAGAGGUAAUAAAAGAAAUAGAAAAAUGUCAAUUUUGUAUGAAUGAUUUAUAUAUAAAUGAAAUAAAGUCAUAUUUGAUGGUGUAUGUUAA